CACACAAAUACAUCGUACGUCGAGGUUGAAAACGCGAAUAUUGGUAUGGACUUCCGACUUGAUACAGGAGAGUUCUCCAGUUCAGUCGGCUCAUACCAUUCGAGCGAUGUUCAAGCAAAAUUUAUUUUUUUAAAAAAAUAAUAUCCUUUAUUUACAAAUACUAAACAAGGAAAAAUAAUACCACCAAAACAAAGUCAUAUGGUGAUGGAUUAUCAUCAUAAUGAACGUCAUAAUGACGUGUGACAAGUAUUUGUUUUUAAAUUUUUAAAAUCGUGAUUUUUUUUUUUUUUUUUCUUUGUUCGAUGUAGUAUUUUUUUUUUUUUUGUUUAAUUUUUCUAAUUAAUAAAAUGGAGAACAAGGGUAAAAUACUUGAGGCUGGUGAUCAGUGCUCGCAAACAGUGCUAUUAAAUACAUUUGUCAUUAAAAAAAAGAGAUGUCGUGUUUAUUUUCAUCAGGGUACACUUAUUUGGGAAACAGAACGACCACCUUACACACGAUGGACCUUGCCGAUGACCGAUGUUCUUUCAGCCUCGUAUGGAGAUGACUGGACUCCAACAAUGAAUAAUGUGAAAAAAAAAGAUUCAUUAUCCACGUCACCAAGUCUAUCCUUGACAAGUUUUGUUUUACAUUAUGCAGCCUGUGCUUCUAAAAGCAAAUGGAGACAUCACAGUGUCACUAUGAGCCACUCUGAUCCUAGACAAAUUGGCUCAUGGGUAAAAACCAUUCAAAAUUAUCUUAAUGGUUUCACUUAUAGACCGAGAAAAAUGAUGGUCUUUGUUAAUCCAUUCGGUGGCAAGAGAAAGGGAUUAAAAAUUUGGGAAAAAGAAGUGCAACCCUUAAUGAUGAUAGCAGGAAUUGAAAUUAAAUUGAUAAUCACUGAAAAAGCUGGACAUAUUCGUGACACGCUUCUCACGGCGAAUUUGGAUGAUAUUAAUGCUGUGAUUUGUAUCGGUGGAGAUGGAACUUUCGCGGAGGUUUUUAAUGGUUUAGUGCUGAGGGCAGCGAAGGAUGAGGAAAUAGAUCCAAAUGAUGCGAAUGCCAGUUUACCGGUACCAAAAAUGCCAGUUGGCGUAAUUCCCGGUGGAAGUACGAAUACCGUCGCCUACAGUUUACACGGUACCACGGACGUGCAAACCGCUGCAAUUCACAUUAUUUUUGGAGACACUGCUGGUUUGGAUAUCUCCUCGGUUCACAGUAAUAAUUCCCUGCUUAGGCUGUACGCUAGUGUUGUUAGUUACGGAUAUUUAGGUGACGUCAUUCGAGAUAGCGAAAAAUUUCGCUGGAUGGGUCCGCAGAGAUACGAUUAUUCAGGCUUUAAGAAAAUAGUGGCGAAUAAAGGAUACGAGGGAGAAAUUGAACUUUUAUCGGAUCCAUGUCAUCCAGCAGCGAGCACAAAGUGCUUGCAAAAUUGCAAUCGAUGCAUUCAACAUAUGAAUCAAGAGAUUCCCGAUAAAGAAAUUUCAAGGUGGCUUACAGUGAGGGGAAAAUUUUUCAUGGUAAAUGGAGCGAAUCUAUCAUGUGCCUGUUCCAGAAGUCCAAUGGGUUUUAGCCCGCACUGUCAUGUAGGUGAUGGUUGCGUGGAUGUUAUUAUUAUUAGACACACAUCUCUUAUCAACAAUAUCAGAAUGAUUCUCAGGCUCAGCAGUAAAGUUAAAAAUUUGUACGAUUUACCGUUUGUCGAGGUCUAUAGAGCUCGAGAAUUCACGUUCAAGGCAAUGCCUAGCUCACGUUACUCUGAAAAUGGAAAUAGCAUUUCACUAAAUUCUGGUCUCAGCGUUUGGAAUUGCGAUGGCGAAGUUAUUCAAGUUCCAAAUGUUAAAAUAAGGGUACACUGCCAACUAUUAAAAGUUUAUACAAGAAGAAGUUCAGAAUCGAUAGAAGAGCCUAGUUGUUUCUGUUCUGUUUAAAAAAAUUUGUUUCUCUUUUAUGACUCUUCGAAUCUAAAGACUAUUUUCCUUUUCCUCGAAAGGAAAUAAUUGCAAUUGUCUUGCAUUUAAAAAAAAGGAAAAAGAGAGAAAAGAAAUAUUUAUUUCCUAAGAAAAAAAAAUUUGAAAUCGUUCUUGUAUUUAAAAUUAAUUUUUAGAAAUCUAGAAGAAGAAAAGAGGAAAAAGAUAUUUUAUUAGCCUAAGAAAAGGCAUUUUUUGUGAUAGAGAAAAAAGGGAAAUUAGAUUAGAAGAAAUUACGAGAAAUAUGCUAUUUUUGUGAAAAGUAUAAUAAAAUUCCUUAUCGAGAAAUGUUAAAAAGAA